GCCUGGGUUGCUAGUGUGCGUGCACGUGUGGCUCUGUGUGCAUGCUUCCAAGCAUGGGGAUGUGGACAUGUGGGUCUGUGUAGCAUCCGCUGAGGUCCCUGGGCCUUUAUGCUGCGAAGUCUGGCCAGGACUGACCAGCAGAUACAGGGAUGGGGAAGAGUUUGAGCAGUGAGAACUGAGGAUCUAGGACUUCAGCCACCCUAUAGCUUGUAGCCAGGGACACUGGAGAGAGGUCCGGUGGUCAGCGCAGAGGGCACUCCUGGAGCCGACCUGGGCCAGGCCAGGCAGGUUCAUAGAGGCGUGGGGAGGCUGAGCAGGACAUAUUCACCCACCAGUGCAUGUUGACCUCCCAGUACACUUUCCACCCCAUCACUUUGGGAUAGCCCCAAGGAGGGAAAAGCCAUGAAGGCUGGCUGUUCUUUCGGGUGUCUACUGAUGCUGGGGGAGCAGAAAGCCAAGAGAGCAUUGGAGGGAACAAAGCAGAGCCCAGCUGUAGGGGGGAGAAAUGUGGUGACAUGGAAGAUGGGGGAGGUGAGGUUUUAAAGGGUGGGAGUUGGUCUGAGUCCAUCCUGCACUGUGGGCUGACUCUGUGACCCUGGGCCCUGCAGCCCUCCCUCAGUUUCCUACUCGAGAAAUGGGCAGGGAGAUGAAGAAUCUUCUUAGAGCAGAGGUAGACUCUGGCCUUGGGGAGGAGCCCCAGGCUCCUCCUGCUGGCAACCUGUGGCCUCCCCCUGGAUAUGGGGACUUGGGAAGGUGUGUCUGAGUCAGCCCAGGGUCAGACGGGGGAAGAGUGGGAGGUAGAGCCACGGCUUUUCCUGGGAGGCUAGGCUCAGACUGUCUGGGUGUGGGGACGGUUUCCUCGAAAUGGCCCUGGCAUCCUGCCUUGCUCUGGCUACCCCUACCCCCAGCCUUUGACUAACACCCCAGGAGGGCUGAGGAGGAGAAUGGGCAGGUCAGAGGAAGUGCUGGGUGUCUGUGGAUGCUAGAGCACGUAGCUUUUGCAAUACGUGCUGGGGGUUGGACAGGGUGUGGGCGGGUGGUGACAAGGUCUCUGAGGUCAAGGUGGCCCCAGGAUGGCCUUGGCAAUGGCUAGGAGACAGACAGGAAGGCUGGCUGUGUCAGAAACAGAAUGAGUGGCUUUGGAGAAGUAGGAAAGCGGGCGGCUUGUCACAAGGGGCAUCCCACUCAUCAGGAGCUGCCCACGGGUGUGCUCAGAGCGGCCUCUGCGUGACGUGGAGGAGGUGGGGGGUGGACGCUGCAGAGGAAGAAUGAAGGAGGAAGUGCUCAACUCUGUCUGGGGCAGGGCGUUCCUCCCAGGGCAGGCAGCUAGAGCUGGUUUCAGGGAGGAUCUAGGUGGGCUUCUGCCUCGCCAAACUUCAUGUCCUGUGAACGGGGCAAGACAUCUGUAUCAGAGUUAUCUUAACGGUCCUUGCCAGGCUCUGAAGUGCUGGGUGGAGAUGGGUGUGUGGCAGGGAGGUCAGAGGGCGGGGGUGCUGCACCUGUGGGGCGCUGGGCGGAGCCUUGUUCUCCAUACCCCUAGCCCUGGCUCAGGGCUGGACACACUUUGAGCAGAGAGAACCUGAGGAUGCCAUGAUCCUGUCUGGGGGUUUUGCGGAGGACAUCGCUAGAGGGCAGUGUGACCCAGGUUUGGGCAGUGUCAGUGGGGGCCUCAGGACAGAAAGUGUACAGAACUUGGAGAAGCUGGGCUGAGGAGACAAAGGAGAAUGACCCAGGGUUCCUGGACUUCUGGAUUUCUCCCCUGCCCUUUGCUUCCACUGCAUUCUUAGAGACAAGAGGGAGUUUGCAUGACCAACUGCCCCACGCUCAUCGUCAUGGUAGGCCUGCCUGCCAGGGGCAAGACCUACAUCUCUAAGAAGCUGACUCGAUACCUGAACUGGAUCGGCGUGCCCACUCGCGAAUUCAACGUUGGCCAGUAUCGCCGGGACAUGGUCAAGACCUACAAGUCUUUUGAGUUUUUCCUUCCAGAUAAUGAAGAGGGCCUGAAAAUCAGGAAGCAGUGUGCGCUGGCAGCCCUCCGUGACGUCCGGCGGUUCCUCAGUGAGGAACGGGGCCAUGUGGCGGUUUUUGAUGCAACGAAUACCACCCGAGAACGGAGAGCAACCAUCUUUAAUUUUGGGGAACAGAAUGGCUACAAGACCUUUUUUGUGGAGUCCAUCUGUGUGGAUCCUGAGGUCAUAGCUGCUAACAUCGUGCAAGUGAAACUGGGCAGCCCUGACUAUGUGAACCACGAUAGUGAUGAGGCCACGGAAGACUUCAUGCGGCGCAUUGAGUGCUACGAGAAUUCGUACGAGUCACUGGAUGAGGACCUGGACAGGGAUCUGUCCUACAUCAAGAUCAUGGACGUGGGCCAGAGCUACGUGGUGAACCGGGUGGCCGAUCACAUCCAGAGCCGCAUCGUCUAUUACCUCAUGAACAUCCACGUGACCCCCCGCUCCAUCUACCUUUGCCGGCACGGGGAGAGUGAGCUCAACCUCAAGGGCCGGAUUGGCGGGGACCCGGGACUGUCCCCCCGGGGCAGGGAGUUUGCCAGGAGUCUGGCUCAGUUCAUCCGUGAUCAGAACAUCAAGGACCUGAAAGUCUGGACGAGCCAGAUGAAGAGGACCAUCCAGACAGCCGAGGCCCUGGGUGUGCCCUAUGAGCAGUGGAAGGUCCUCAACGAGAUUGACGCGGGCGUCUGUGAGGAGAUGACUUAUGAAGAAAUUCAGGAUCAUUAUCCACUGGAAUUUGCCCUACGGGACCAGGACAAGUACCGGUACCGGUACCCCAAAGGGGAGUCCUACGAGGACCUGGUGCAGCGACUCGAACCUGUCAUCAUGGAGCUGGAGAGGCAAGAGAAUGUGCUGGUCAUCUGUCACCAGGCCGUGAUGCGCUGCCUCCUGGCCUACUUCCUUGAUAAGGCGGCAGAGCAGCUGCCCUACCUCAAGUGUCCGCUGCACACUGUCCUGAAGCUGACCCCCGUGGCUUACGGUUGUAAAGUGGAAUCCAUAUUCCUGAAUGUGAUGGCUGUGAAUACACACCGGGACAGGCCUCAGAAUGUAGACAUCUCGAGGCCCCCGGAGGAAGCCCUUGUCACGGUCCCUGCUCACCAGUGACCAUGUCUCAUCCACUGUGACCACCAGGCAGGUAUUGAGCUCUGCAGAUGAGGUCCCUUUUACAGGCCUCAUGGCGCAUGUGACAAUUUCUCUUCUGGAACAUCCCAGAGCCCGGGGCACCAGCCCCCCUGCUUCUUCACGAAUGGUGACAGGGUUAAACGUGUGCCCGACCUGCUGCUAUAAUGCAUUUGGCCAGACUUUUACCACCCGGGGCUGGUGAGAGGUGUUCUCGCAACCCGGUCCUUCCGUUGCAGCUCUGAGGUGCUGUCCCCCUGGUCCGUUGGCUCUGUGAAGUGAGAAGCCCUAAACAUGUGAACAGAAAGCCCGGCUGUGAGGGUCCCACCACGGCCGAGCUGUCUGAGGCGGACCUGGCGACCCCAGCAGGGACUCUGUUGUCUUCUCUCCGUGGGACCCUGAGCUCUGCUGCCUUGGGUGAGAGAGAACACCCUUCCCGUCUUGCCCUGCCAGGAACUGGGGAGCCGCCGGGGCGGAUACUCCCGCCGGCUCGGCCCUCGAGUUGGAGCUUCAGCAGACGCACGCAGGGAGCACGGCCUUUGUGGUCACCCCUUCUCGAUCGCGCAUACACUGGAACAUUUGGGGGAGCUGGUGGCCAAGGCCAGCCCUGCCCAACGGCUGUCACAGUGAUAGCACGUAAAGACAUGGGGGGACAUGGCAUGGGUGGUCGUGUGAGCUCCCUUCCCAGUGCACACCCAGGUGCUCGAGGGAGAGGCUGCCAUCCCUCCUCGCCCUCCCGGCCGUGCUCGCCAGGCUACCUCUCCCCCGUUGCCGCCUGCAUCCGCAUAGGAGCAGACCGUGGUGGCAGAGAAAUGCAUUUGCUGUGAACCAUUCAGAGAAAAACGCCUGCCCUGGCGCUCAUUGACCUCCGCCUGUGAGACCGAGCAGGGCAAAGGCAGGAAAUCCAAGGCAGCCUGUCCAGGGGAGGAUUUCCCCAGCAUGGCGCAGCUUCGGCUUCUGUCAUGUGCCCGUGUUCUUUUGGGCCCAGAGAGGCGGGCUGGGCAGUGGGUUCUGGCUCCAUUGCGUAGCUGGGCAGGAGGCCUGGCCAGCAAAUCGAGAGGCUGGGCGAGGAGGUGUCUGGGUCUGUAGUCCAAUGCCCUGCUGUCCACAAGUGGGUCCUGGUCCAGGAUCCCGAGCCCACCUUGUACCUGGAACUUUCCCUGGCAGAACAGCCCACCUUUCCCAGCCUCCCAGGGCUUUGGAGCCUGUAGGUGCCACCUGCCCCUGUGGGGAGUGCGUACCCCUGUCCUGCCUGCUGGUCUCUCAGCCUCGUGUGUGGCAGUGGCUGUGGACAGACCAGGUAGAGGCCUGGGGGAGGAGCUUCUGGACUUACCUCCUGACAGAGCCCUUAGCCCUGGACUCGGGACCAGAGGACCGUGCUACUGCCUUUGGGACAUGGGGACCACAGCCCUUGUUUCUGUGUCCCCCAGAGUUUUGGCGACUGGGUCACUUGGACACACUUACUUGUUGGCCAUAGUGGGUUUCUUUGGUUGGCGGCAUGGACGUCUGGAUGUCCCCAGCUCUCCGGGACCUCACACUGGCUGAGGCAAGACCCGCGAGGGCUUUUCUCUGUGCCCAGAGGGCAGUCAGGAGCUGCUAGACGCAGAGUGUUACAAGGACUGGGCCAGGGCAGAGGGACGUCUGGGGACACUGCAUGGGUGGGGGCAGCUCCUCUCCGCCUCUGCCCAGGCUGGUGUCUGCAUGGACGGCAGCCCGCUGGGUUGGCUGCCGGGUUUUAUCCAUUAUGGUCCAUGUGCUUGUGUCGAAGACAUUUUCCCAUUCUCCCUGGAAUGGGUGUUGGUGGAUCUCAGCCACAUGUCACACUGUAUCCAGCAUUCUUUGCAAUAAAUACUUUUUUUACAAAAAA